AUGGAUUCAGCGGAUUUAAAAGCGCAAUUUCAGAGGUCCAAAAAUCAUGAAAAACUGAUGCCUUACAGCAGAGAUUUGGGAAGUCAAGACAUGGUCUGCAACUGCGAGGACGAGCUAGAUAUCUUUGAGCGGUUCGUGCAAGAUCCGUGCAUGGACUCGUGGGAGGAUCUAGACGAAGAAAAAGACGGUGACGGCGAGUUGCAAGAAUAUGCUGCUGACGAACGGUAUGGAUCGCCAAAAUGGGAAGACGAAGAGUUGCUGGACCCGGUGACCGAGGGAGUGGAAAGCCAGCAGUAUAAAUCGCCACGUUUGGGUUCUCAGAACCCAAACGUGUGUUCGAAAUGUCUUAAACUGCGGCGCUGGAAAACCGGUGGAGGCACCACUCAGGACUCUGUCGAUGAGCCAGUCCUGAGAUGCUCUCGUACGAACAGCUUCAUGUCGCAACUAUCACGUCAGGCUUCGCGACAAUCGCUGCCCGACAACUCAGCUGAGAAUGCAGCGGCGCAAUUCGUAGGGUCCCCCACGGAACCCGGAGUGGCCUCUCGGUCCCGGUCCCGGUCCUCAUUUAGCGGAUCCUCUGCCAUUCCAGCCCAUCUUUACUGUCUGGAACGGUUCGUGAGCUGCGAGCUCGACUCCGCCGCCGAAUGUUUCUUCAAGAAGAACCCUCCUCCACUCACUUGCAACCCGUUGUCGUCCCCCCCUGCAUCUGGUAUGGAAUCGCCAGCUCCAACAACAACUCUGUCGCCCAGAACCGUUCAAAACGACACAAUACAACCACCUCCCUCGAUUAUACCACUCACGAAGCGCAGAUCUCGCGUUUCGUCGAUCGAAUUGUCGUUGAUGAAUUCCAUGUCCUCCUGA